AUGGCCACGAAACCAGGGAGAAUGCUCGUCAAUAAAGACGCAAUCAUCGACGACCAGGUGAAAAUGCAAGAGGAGGAACUGGAAAGGAGAAACCGGGCGAUGUGUUUGCGGUUCAAGUUGGUCACCGCGGAAGGCGAAGCGCAUCAACCGCGAAGAGGCGCGAGAGGGAAGGAGAAGGCGUUUCGAGCGGCUGGUUUGCACGAUUUUACGUUAGUAGAGGAGUCGGAGAAGAUGUUUUCGUCGCCGAUGACGAGAGUGUGGCAACCGGUGAAACCGGCGAUUAUACGGGUUGGAGACGAGUAUCAAGCGCAGGUGCCAGAAUUCGACGAAGAGGUGAAAAAAGCCAUCGUGGACGACUUGGAACAUUUUACGGAGAAGGAGACGCAGAUGCUUGGCGUCCGGUUUUGGCCACUGAAUAAUAACGACCAGAAUAAUAAUAAUAAUACGAACACCAAUACGAACUCGCCGACGAGGAAAAGCACGCGAAAGCGUUCGAAGAGUCGCGAACCCGCUGAGGAGGAAGAGGAAAAAGCGGCCAAGCGCUUGGCGCCGAGCGAAAAUAAUACUAACAACGGCGAGCAAGCAAAGAACAUAGAAGUUGUAGGAGUAGCAGGAGCAGCAGCGGUAGUAACAACAGCGAAAGCUGAAUUAGAUAGUAACAACGCACCGGCGGUAGGAGCGGUAGUAGUAAAAACGGAAACUCAAGGAGAAGAAGUCAAAGACCCAGACUUGGUUGCGUAUAUCAACGCUCAAGGACAAGAAGAGAUUAUCCGAAUCGUCCGCGUUCCUCUCGAAGAUAUCGCCGAAGCGCGCGCUAAAUUCAAACGCGAAGUUGGAGAUUCUUUACACGUUCAAACGUCGUUCGGUUUACACGACAUGGGUGUCGUUGUUGCCAACGCAUGGAGCGAAGAAGAGCGCGAUAUUUUCACCCAACAUGUGACGAAAAAUUGCGACAAUUUGCGUCCAAUGAAGCCUUUGUUACCGAACAAAACCAUGUCCCAAAUCGUUUCGUAUUAUUACAACGUCUGGCAAACUACGCGAGCGAAUCCGAGACGGGUCGAUAUCUGGCAUCCGCCAGAGGAGAAGCGUUCGCACAAGCGCGAACGCGAACGGGCUUUGGCGAAAGCCUUAGCGGCUGAAAAGCGUCUCCGCAAACAGCAACAAAAGAAAGAGCGAAAGUUAGCUGUAGCGCCUGAAAUCAUCCUGAAACAGAGAUGUAAGAAAGAGGUGGCGCAAAUGGUCGAAUGGAUACGCUCUUCUUGCGCGACAAACCCGAGACACGCGGCGUAUAACGCCAAUCGUGCCGAGACGGUGACGAAACUACGUCAGCACAUGAUGGAGCGCGUUCACAGUUUACGUUUGUACUCGCAAAACGAUAAGGACAUCUUCGACGACUACAAGCAGUACUUUUUCCAAAGAAUGACCAGCGUGAAGUUAUGA